AUGCUGUCUGCUUUCGUGUCCACCGACUCCUCGUCCCUACGAAUGUCACGAGAUCCAGGAUAUCUGAAUCUUGCCUCAUUCCCUAUUAAUAAUAUUGUUGUUGCGCUUGUUGUUGCUGAUGAUAAUAAUACUGUUGUUGCUGUUGUUGUUGUUGACGAUGAUGAUGAUAAUAAUAAUACUUUUCUUGCUCUUGUUGAUGGUGAUGAUAAUAAUAAUACUGUUGUUGCUCUUACUGCUGCUGCUGAUAAUAAUAAUACAGCCGUUUAUCUUGUUGAUUAUGAUGAUAAUAAUAAUACUGUUGUUGCUCUUGUUGUUGUUGAUGAUGAUGAUACUGUUGUUGCUCUUGUUGUUGAUGAUGAUGAUAAUAAUAAUAAUUUUGUUGCUCUUGUUGUUGAUGAUGACAAUAAUUAUUAUCAUCACCAUCAACAAGAGACACAACAGUAUUAUUAUUAUCAUCAACAACAACAACAAUCUUAA